AUGGCAUUGGACCAAUAUUUUGAAGAUGCUGCUGUACCAGGAGAACUCUAUGGAGAAGGAGCAUUUUGUUUCAAGAAGACGAAACCAGAAGAAACCAUCUCAGUCUCGGUUCCUUCCGAUGACACAGACGAUUCGAAUUUCGACUGCAACAUCUGCCUAGACUCGGUGCAAGAACCGGUUGUGACUCUCUGUGGCCACCUCUUUUGCUGGCCCUGCAUCCACAAAUGGCUUGAUGUACAGAGUGAUGAAUACCAAAGACAUAGAGAGUGUCCUGUUUGUAAAUCCAAAGUGUCUCACUCUACAUUAGUUCCUUUAUACGGCCGUGGCCGUUGCGAUAAUACUCAGGAGAAAGGUAAAAGCAGUAGUGUGCCUAGAAGACCAGUAGGACCGGUUUACCGGAUUGAGAUGCCGAAUUCGAGUAGUAGUACCGAUCUCCGGUUAUCGCAACGGGUUCAUUUCAAUAACCGGGAGGAAGGUUACUACCCUGUCUCAGGGGUGUUGAGUCCGAGCAGUUUGUCUUACUCUGCGGUUCUUGAUCCGGUGAUGGUGAUGGUUGGAGAAAUGGUGGCUACGAGGUUGUUUGGAACACGAGUGAUGGAUAGGUUUGCGUAUCCGGACACUUACAAUCUUGCGGGGACAAGCGGGCCGAGGAUGAGAAGACGGAUAAUGCAGGCGGAUGAAUCAAUGGGAAGAAUCUUCUUCUUUUUUACAUGUUGUGUGACACUGUGUCUUCUCUUGUUUUAG